AGUGAAGAAGCACACAAUUAGCUUAUUGUUCCUUUCUGUAUUGUGCUGAGAGGUUCCAAGAGAUUGGUGGAGGAACAGGCAAGCCAGGCAUCACUGUGGAGUUGAAGAAGGGAUUUACUCAGACCUCGGCACCUUCACUUGCUCCUCUGGAAUUACAGCUAUUUAUUACAAAGUGCCCUGUGUGGCUGGGUGCAGUGUGCCUGAGGAAACACAUCCUGGACACCACCUGGGGCUAGUGCUUCUGAGCCCUUCCAGUCUCUGACUAAUUCUCAUCAUUAUCAUGGAGCCCAACAGUCCCAAAAAGAUACAAUUUGCUGUGCCUUUAUUCCAGAGUCAGAUUGCACCUGAAGCGGCAGAGCAGAUCAGAAAAAGAAGACCUACACCAGCAUCCCUUGUGAUUCUCAAUGAACAUAAUCCUCCAGAAAUAGAUGACAAGAGGGUGACCAACACCCAAGCCGAGUCACAAAAUGCAUCCCCAAAGCAAAGGAAGCAGAGCGUGUACACACCACCGGCCAUGAAAGGGGUUAAGCAUCUGAAAGGCCAGAGUGAAUCAGCAUUCCCUGAAGAAGAAGAAGGUGUAAACGAGAGAGAGGAGCAGUGGGAACAUUAA